AUGGACCUGCCCCCACAGCUCUCCUUCGCCCUCUACGUGGCGGCCUUUGCACUGGGCUUCCCACUCAACGUGCUGGCCAUCCGAGGUGCCGCAUCCCACGCACGGCUCCGCCUCACUCCCAGCCUGGUCUAUGCCCUCCACCUGGGCUGCUCAGACCUCCUGCUGGCCCUCACUCUGCCCCUGAAGGCGGUGGAGGCCCUGGCCUCGGGGACCUGGCCUCUGCCAACCCCACUCUGCCCUGUCUUCAUCCUGGUCCACUUUGCCCCGCUCUACGCCUGUGGGGGCUUCCUGGCCGCCCUGAGUGCUGGCCGCUACCUAGGAGCUGCCUUCCCCUUUGGCUACCAAGCCAUCCGGAGGCCAUGCUAUUCCUGGGGGGUGUGUGUGGCCAUAUGGGCUCUGGUCCUCUGUCACCUGGGGCUGGUCCUUGGCUUGGAGGCCUCGGGAGGCUGGCUGGACAACACCACCAGCAUCCUGGUCAACACCCCAGUCAAUGGUUCCCCAGUCUGCCUGGAGGCCUGGGACCCGGCCUCUGCCUGGCCUGCCCGCCUCAGCUUCUCUGUCCUGCUCUUCUUUCUACCUUUGGUCAUCACCGCCUUCUGCUACGUGGGCUGCCUCCGGGCACUGGCCCACUCAGGCCUGAGCCACAGGCGGAAGCUAAGAGCGGCCUGUGUGGCCGGCGGGGCCCUGCUCACGCUGGUGCUCUGCUUGGGACCCUACAAUGCCUCCAACGUGGCUGGCUUCGAACCCGACAUGGGAGGCCCCUGGAGGAAGCUGGGGCUCAUCACGGGGGCCUGGAGUGUGGUACUCAACCCUCUGGUGACUGGCUACUUGGGAGCAGGUCCUGGCCGCGGGACAGUGUGUGUGGCAAGAACGCCAGGAGGACCGACUCAGAAGUAG